UCACCGAGUAUAAGAAGGGAAAGAACACGGCAUCACUACCUCCAGACAUCAAAUAACAUCUUAGAACGCCACAGAAACCUUCACAGACAGAGAGAUGCUUCUCUCUGUCCUCCUUGUGCUGGGCGUCUGCCUGGUGCCCAGUAAAUCCAAACCUAUGGAGGAAAGACUCGGCAGUCCUUUUCUUCAUAAAUGCUUCGAAGAAGCAAAGAAAAUAGUAGACGAUGCAUACAAAUACUCAAGAGAAGAGAGCCUCAGACGGGUCCGCAAGGAUGAGGUGCAGCCUCGUGAUGCUCUUCACCUCCUGAAGCAGCCUCGCGGUGACACUCGUUCAGCUGUGCGCUCUGCUGACUACAUGGCACAGACUCUCCGUUUGGUCCAAGAGAAAGUACAUCGUGUGCACAAGCGCUCCCUCAAUGCAACAGAUUUACUCACGGAGCAGGAUUUGAGAGAACUUGCCCGAAUUACUGGAUGUGAGGCUCGAAUCAGGAAUCCACCAUGUCACAACACACCAAAUAUCAACAAGUAUCGCACAAUCACCAGCGUCUGCAACAACUUCCGCACCUGCUCAUCCCGUAAAGGAGGCGAGGCGUUGGAGAUGCUUCUCUCUGUACUUCUUAUCCUGGGCCUCAUCCUGGUGCCCAGUCAAUCCAAACCUACAGGUGAAAGACUGGGCAGUCCUUUUCUUCAGAAAUGCUUUGAAGAAGCAAAGAAAAUAGUAGACGACGCAUACAUGUACUCCAGAGAAGAGAGCCUCAGACGGGUCCGCAGGGAUGUGGUGAAGCCGCAUGAUGCUCUUCGCCUCCUGAAGCAGCCUCGCGGUGACACUCGUUCAGCUGUGCGCUCUGCUGACUACAUGGCACAGACUCUCCGUUUGGUCCAAGAGAAAGUACAUCAUGUGCACAAGCGCUCCCUCAAUGCAACAGGUCUCAUCCUCAUGAUUUCUAUCACUUCAGGCUACAAUGCCUGGCGCAGGUUCUGUGGUCUGUCCCAGCCUCGUAACCAGGCAGAGCUGGCUCAAGUUAUGAGGAAUCCCACGCUGGCUCAGAAGCUGCUGGAGCUCUACGGGACCCCCGACAACAUUGAUGUGUGGCUUGGAGGAGUCGCAGAGCCAUUUGUGCCUGGCGGCCGCGUGGGUCCUCUGUUCGCCUGCCUCAUUGCAACUCAGUUCCAGAAAAUCCGUGAGGGUGACAGGCUGUGGUUCCAGAACCCCGGUGUUUUCACGCCACAGCAGAGGCAGGCUCUGUUCGCUGUUACACUCUCCAGAGUCAUCUGUGACAACACCGGCAUCACGUCUGUGCCCAGUGACGCUUUCAGCGUCGUCUCAAAUAGGAACCGUCUGGUGAGGUGCUCCGCUCUGCGUCGUCUGGAUCUGUUCCCAUGGAGGGAAAGACCCUGUGGCUUCGGAUCUCCUGAGGAUUGUUUGAGGUCCAGUGACGGAGAGAACCCAACCCAGACAGAUGAACUGAACACUCUGGACCCGCAGGACCCACUGGAUCUCCAGGAUCCCUUAGAUCCCGUGGACCCUUUCGACCUUCAGGAUCCUCUGGACCCCCAGGACCCUGUGGAUCCACAAGACCCACUGGAACUUGAGACCAAUGAGAUCCAGUAAGGCCAUUCAGCCCCAUAUGCCCUCUAGGAUCACCGAUAUUCAAACAUCAGUUUUGGGAUGACGGCCUUUACCCAGAGAGACUCAUUUGUUUCCGUCAUAAAGAAACAAAACAAGCCAACACAGAACUAGGACACACCUGUUUAUAUUCCUCAGUCAUUGACUCUGCACUUCUUCCAUCGAAGCAGAAAGCUGGGAUUACGAUGAAAUUUAUCAAGCUGGCCGUCAACGUCUUCUUCUCAGGACAUUUUCUUCUCUAUGGGACAGAAACACUCUCUUUCCUGGAUGAACUUCCCGUUAGAAAACACCAGUGACUCGUGGGCUUUUAAAUUUGUUUACGUCAGUCAUUCACAGCAGCAGAUGACUAGAUAAAGACACACCAUACCACUGCAUCCUCAUUUUACUCUCCACUGUAAUAAUAAGGCAUUUUUGUUAGUUUUAGCUUCAUACCAAUGGGUUUUAAUUGAACAAAUGUGUUUGACUCUGUUACAACUUAGUCUAUUUUACAAAAAACAAAAUCAUUAGGAUAAUUUUGAUGGGAUCAACCAGUAUUAAUUUAUGAACAUGUUUUACAUUAAAUCCUUUACCUUCAAAUAUUGUGUUAUGAUUUAUCUGAUCAUAUUUUUGUUUUACUGCAACUUUGUUGUUUUGCAUUGAAUGUUGAAUGUUGUAUUCAAUAAAGCAAUUGAGCGAUCA